ACUUCGAGCAAAGCUCCCUCUCUCUCGAGCAAAGCCCCGUCCCUUUCAGCGGGCUCAGAGGCCAUCACCGACCCCGCGCCGACUGGAUCUAUCAAGACUCCCUUGACCGUCGCUCUGCCUGAAUGCAAGCCGAACCCUCCUGCCGUCUUGACCGCCGACCAAGAGUCCAAGUAUGCGUCAGUACUCUCGACCGUCUCCACAUGGACCACAAUUCCUAGCAACACCCUCAAGGAUGCCACCAAUGAGCCCAUCACAGACAACGAGCGCAUGUGGUUGACUCGCGAGUGUCUCCUUCGCUACCUCCGUGCUACCAAGUGGGACGUUCCCAGCGCCCUCAAGCGUCUGCAAGGAACGCUGUCCUGGAGACGCGAAUAUGGUGCCGACACUUUCACCGCCGACUACAUUUCUCCCGAGAACGAGACGGGCAAGCAGGUCAUCAUGGGCUACGACAUCAACGCUCGCCCUUGUCUCUACCUCAACCCUGGCAAGCAAAACACAAAGAACAGCGACCGCCAGAUUCACCACCUUGCUUUCAUGCUGGAUAGAGUCAUCGACAUGAUGGGUCCUGGACAAGAGACGACUGCCCUCCUCAUCAACUUCAAGGGUGCUACGAGCGGCAGCACUCCCAGCGUUGGCCAAGCUAGACAGGUUCUGAACAUCCUACAAAACCACAACCCAGAGAGACUCGGCAGAGCUUUGAUCUCACAAUUGCCCUGGUACGUCAGCACCUUCUUCAAGCUCAUUUCGCCCUUCAUCGACCCCGUCACCAAGGAAAAGAUGAAGUUCAACGAGGACCUCAAGAAGUACGUGCCCACACAACAGCUAUGGAAGGACUACGGUGGUCAACUGAACUUCGACUACGACCACAAGGCAUACUGGCCCGCUUUGAACAAGGAGUGCGACAGACGCCGGGAAGCAUACAAGCAGCGCUGGAUCGAUGCCAGCAAGCAGAUUGGCGAAUACGAAGAGUACCUCCGUGGAGGUCAGCAGAAGUGCCUUCGUGACAUCUCGGGCGGCGCAGAAAAGGACAGCGCAGGUGUCCAAGCAGCCAAGAUUCCUCGCCUAGGAUUUGGGUCGUAUUAUUGA